UUCGAUACCUACGCGUUCGAUUGUCCAAUAAAAGAUUGAAUCGAUCUGAAAAUUCGGCGAUACGUGAAGUAGAAUUUAAAUUUAAAAGUUAUUUCUAAGAUGAAGGUCCUCGCGUUGCUUAUAUUUUUCGUUUGCAUUCAGCUAGCUUAUCCUACACCAUGGUCGCACAGUGUCGAUGAAGUUGUGGAAAUACAAUCGCCCACCGUGAUAGAGAAAUUAUUAAAUCCCCUUUAUUACUUUCAAGGAUUCGUUAUAAAUGUAAUAAGGACAAUUCUGAAGAUCGUAUUGACCCCCCUAAAAAUAUUGUUCAUCCCCGUCAAUAUAACCUUAUGGUUUCUAAGGAUUAUAUUGUUCCCGCUUCGUGUACUUUGUUACCCUCUUAGAGUACUCUUGGCGUUUUUAGGUGAAUUCUCCUUUAUAUUGCUUAAUUAAAAGGUAAAACAUUAUAUCUAUUAAUUUAUUGCCCCCAACCCAAAUAAAACAUAUCUGAAUAUA